AUGUCAACAUCGGCGACGUCAUAUCGCGGGAAAACUAUUUUGCCUCGUUACGCCUUUAUCGACGGGAAACUCGAGGAAAACGUGCCAAUCACUAUCGACAAUGAUGGCAUAGUCACGGAAAUUGGCGGCUCAGUACCAUAUGACGCCUUACGGUUUGAGCACGAGGUGCGUCUUUUUCGUAAUAGUUGCAGCGACGGUUCAGAGAGGAUAGAGCAUUUGUUUUGCUUAUAG